UGUCAGGAGGUCGCCAUAUUUCUGUACGGCCCAGGGGCAGCCCGGGCAGUGGUGGGUCGGGAGAGGUGCAGACAGGGCGGGGCGGCCGCUGGGCUCCGCCGGCCUCACCCCUCCCGCUGGGGACAGGUGGCUGCGGCGUGCCCCGCCUCCGCCAGCUGCGAGUGGGAAGGACGGACGGAGGGCCAGUCCGGGACAGCGGCCGCCAGCUGCGAGUGGGAGAGAGCGAGGAUCGCUGUGGACGGCCGGCCGAGGGGGUCCGGCGGCGGCCAACGAGUAUCCUGGCGGCCAAAAAAAUGCUUCUGUACCGAGGGGCCCCUGCGGGCCCUGGCGCGCACGGUGGAGGACUGGCCCGGGCCGGCAGUGCCCCGCAGGCCUUCGGGAUCCGGCUGAGCACGAUGAGUCCCCGCUACCUGCAGAGCAACUCCAGCAGCCACACGCGCCCCUUCAGUGCCAUCGCGGAGCUGCUAGAUAAUGCUGUGGAUCCAGAUGUCUCUGCCAGGACGGUCUUCAUAGAUGUGGAGGAGGUCAAAAAUAAAUCUUGUUUGACUUUUACUGAUGAUGGAUGUGGGAUGACACCUCAUAAACUCCACCGAAUGCUCAGCUUUGGAUUUACAGAUAAAGUAAUAAAGAAGAGCCAGUGUCCCAUCGGGGUCUUUGGUAAUGGUUUCAAAUCAGGUUCCAUGCGUCUAGGAAAGGAUGCUCUUGUCUUCACUAAGAAUGGGGGUACUCUCACUGUUGGACUCCUGUCACAGACCUAUCUGGAAUGCAUCGAGGCACAAGCAGUUAUUGUGCCAAUUGUUCCCUUCAGCCAGCAAAGUAGAAAAAUGAUUGUUACUGAAGAUUCCUUGCCCAGCCUAGAAGCCAUCUUGAACUAUUCGAUUUUCAACAGUGAAAAUGACCUGCUGUCUCAGUUUGAUGCCAUCCCAGGCAAAAAAGGCACCCGUGUUCUCAUUUGGAAUGUCCGGAGAAACAAAGAUGGAAAAUCUGAGCUGGACUUUGAUACAGAUCAAUAUGAUAUCCUUGUAUCAGACUUCGAUCCUGAAGAAAAGGAGAUCGGUGGUGUAACUUCUGAAUUGCCAGAAACAGAGUAUUCUUUACGGGCAUUUUGUAGCAUUCUGUAUAUGAAGCCACGGAUGAAGAUUUUUCUGCGUCAAAAAAAGGUGACUACUCAGAUGAUCGCUAAGAGCCUGGCCAAUGUUGAAUAUGAUAUAUAUAAGCCUACCUUCACAAAUAAGCAGGUGAGAAUCACUUUUGGAUUCUCUUGCAAGAAUCAUAACCAGUUUGGUGUGAUGAUGUAUCAUAACAACAGGCUUAUCAAGUCCUUUGAGAAGGUGGGAUGCCAGGUAAAGCCAACUUGUGGAGAAGGUGUAGGAGUAAUUGGAGUCAUUGAGUGCAAUUUCCUAAAACCUGCCUUCAACAAACAAGACUUUGAGUACACCAAGGAAUACCGGUUGACAAUAAAUGCCCUUGCACAGAAGCUUACUGCUUAUUGGAAGGAAAAGACAUCUCAAGAAAAUUUUGAGACCUUACCUGCAUCCAGGAAGAUUCCUGACCAGACAUGGGUACAGUGUGAUGAGUGUCUUAAGUGGAGGAAGCUUCCUGGCAAGGUAGAUCCAUCCACAUUACCUGCAAGAUGGUUUUGUUACUAUAAUCCCCAUCCCAAAUACAGGAGAUGUUCUGUUCCAGAAGAACAAGAAGGCGUCGAUGAAGACCUAAACUUGAGCAAGGCGAAGCAACAAGAUGAAACUGUUGAGAAGAAGAAGAUGCCUGUGGAAUAUGAUAGCCAACAGGUACUCAGUAAUCCACCAAAGAUUUCCACUGCACAAGAUAUGGCUGAACUAACUGACAAGACAGUUGAAUACGAGAGAAUCAAUAGCCCUAGCCUGCCUCCAUCUAUUGGAGAGGAAAGCAGAUCAUCUCUUCAACUUAAGCCUCUGGAUUCCAGUGUUUUACAGUUUUCCAGUAAGUACAAAUGGAUCCUAGGUGAAGAACCUGUGGAGAAACGAAGGAGGUUCCAAAAUGAGAUGACACCAUCUCCUCUCGAUUAUUCCAUACCCAAUUCUUACAGGAGGGUAGAAGCAGCUGUCGCCUACCCCGAAGGGGAAAACAGCAAUGAUAAACCCAGUUCUGAACGAAGCACACCACCAUACCUUUCGCCAGAAUACCCAGAAGCAACCAAGAAUACAGGGCAGAGCAAGGAAGCUUCAGUUCUGGGUCCAGAGUCCCAAGACCAAUGUCAGGGAUCCCUGCUUCCUGAAGAACUGGAUCAGAUGCCAAGACUGGUAGCAGAAGAAUCUGACAGAAGUAGCAUGACCACAAGCAAAGAAAUGAGUAAAGGACCUUUUGUAGCUGUUGUCGGUGUUGCAAAAGGAGUUAGAGAUUCAGGAGCUCCCAUUCAGCUAAUCCCGUUUAACAGGGAGGACUUUGCUGGGAGAAGAAAAGGAGCUGAAUCCUGGAACCCAGGUCCUGAUUCUUCUAUGGCCCCUGCUACAGUCCCUGCUGCAGCCCCGGGGGGGAAAGGAAAAGGCUACCAGGAGAGUGGAAGUCGUAACAUGCCAAAGAUGAAAAAUCAGAAAGAGGUGGAAGAAUUGAAGAGAACCACAGAAAAAUUGGAACGUGUUUUGGCUGAAAGGAAUAUGUUCCAGCAAAAGGUGGAGGAGCUGGAACAGGAGAAGAAUCAUUGGCAUUCUGAAUUCAAGAAAGUUCAACAUGAAUUGCUGACCUAUAGUACCCAGGAGACAGAAGGCUUGUACUGGAGCAAGAAACACAUGGGUUAUCGCCAAGCUGAAUUCCAGAUUCUGAAAGCUGAGCUAGAAAGAACCAAAGAGGAGAAGCAAGAAUUAAAAGAAAAACUGAAAGAAACAGAGACACACCUGGAAAUGCUGAAGAAGGCCCAGGUCUCCUACCGGAACCCAGAGGGAGAUGACCUAGAAAGGGCUUUGGCAAAGCUUACGCGGCUACGUAUCCACGUCAGCUAUCUCCUUACUUCUGUCCUCCCUCACUUGGAGCUUCGUGAGAUCGGGUAUGCCUCAGAACAAGUGGAUGGGAUCCUGUACACAGUGCUGGAGGCAAAUCACAUACUGGACUGAGCACCAGACUAUAUAUACUCCCAUCUAUCUUUCUUUUCUCUUUUCAGUCUCUUCUCUCUUUUUCUUUCUUCACGUUUCUUCCCUUCUCCCUCCUUUCCCCCACGCCUCUCUCUUUUUCUUUCACCUUUAUGCCUUAUAUUGAGAAUCUCUGAAUGAACCCUGGCUCUUUAAUCAACGUGCUUCUCAUUCAGUUUGGGUGGGGAGAAAGACAACAGUUAAACAACCUUUCAAGAGUCCAGGAAUAGGAAAGCAAUAGUCACUAAGUUAGGUGGCCAGAAAGCUUUAAUUUUCAUGACCUAAGUACUUGGCCUAUUUCCUAUUCUGAUAAUGGUUCAUAUUCAUUUAGGUUAAAUCAGUCAGCAAAUACUGGGUCCAGCAUACCUGGUAUUUUCGUGGAAGCUAAGAACGAUAACUCAUAGUUUCAGCCCUGACAAGGUUCUAACAAUCUAGUUGGAAGCACAAGAUACACUAAGUUUACUGUACACAGAAGUGUAUGGUAAAUGGAAGUGAGUGGUAUGAACGUGGUCUACAAGAUUUAGGAGAGCAAUUUAAAUGAAGGCAGCACACCAGAAAUGGAAUUUAAAUGAAGGUUUAAUUAAUGAGCACGACAACACUGUUAAUGAUGGUUGUUCUUUAGGAGAUAGGACUAUGUUUGUUUUUUCUUCUUCCUACCUUCUUGCCUUUUUCAAAUUUUCUAUAAUAUACUUGUUAUUCUUCUUACAUUGGAAAAAUAAAUUGUUUUAAAAACUAACAAGUAGGCUUGAAUUUGGGUGUCAAAUGAGAGAUUUAUGAAAUUAUAAAUAUUUUUACAUAGAUAAUUUAUGUUGAAUUUAGCAUUACCUCUGGAAGAACAGCAUAAACAAAUGUACAGAAAAUCCAGAACAUGAAAAAUAUGUUUGAUAGCAGUAGCAGGUUAGUGUAAAAGGAACUAGUCUGAAAUCAUAAUCUACCAACCAACUAACCAACUCCCUGUGAUAUUUACAUUUAAAUAACAGAUCCUUGAAAAUAAAUGGUUAAGGAUCAAGAUUUUAAAAUGUGUAUCACCACAUUGUUGCUUCAUGUAGUGGACGAAGUAUUUUAGAGUAAAAAGUUAAUGUCCCUUAUGAUAUACCUACCUACUAUUUAAGUUAUUCUGAGAGAGGGCUAGCCCUCACAGCACAGAAAUAGUACCUCUUCUACUCACGUAAAGAUGUUUUAUGAAUUCAUUGCUUUAUUAUGUUUUCAUAGUACAUAGUCCCCAAAGAGUUCAAAGUACUCCUUAAAGGUCAUUGGAUAAUGAACACUAUGUAUAGACACUUAUGUAUAUGUGUAUGUCAAUGUUGAAAGAUAGGAAGUAGUGGGUAAAAUAAUAAAAGAAGGUGGGGUCCACUGGUGGCAAAAGUAUUCUCUAGUCCAAAAGGAAAAAAAAAAAAACACUUGGGAUAGACCGUUUUCUCUGUAGAUAUACUUAAGAAGACUGCCUUAAGAAAAGCUGAACUCCUUUGAAAGGAAGCUCAUCAUACAUAAAUACUCCCAGAAGUUUCUGGAGAAUAAGCAGAGGCCAUAGCCAGGUUUUACCAUUAGAAUGGUACUUAAACAUAGCCCCUGCUCCCCACCAUUCUACCUCACCUCAGCUCCAGCUGGAUGCAUAAUUAACUUCAUGUUGGAAAUUUGGAUUAGUAAAUUCGAGGCUUCAUUUGUCUAAAUGGCAUUAUCACGGAGGAAAGGAGAGCACAUUCAGUUAUUUUCUCAAGAUCCUUGUUUGUGAGAUGGAGCCUGGGAGGGGAUGUGAUUAUGCACAGAUAAUAAUAUGAACAGGAGUCUGGGAGAGGGAGAAUUUCAGUGAAUUGAAAGUUUAGCUUGUGUGGCUAAUUUUUGAGUAGUGGGGGCAAGAGGGGCAGACAAUGGGGCUUUAAUAGGGACAGAGACUGAAAAUGUUUUAACUCAUCUUUACUGUCUGCAUAUCCUGACCCAUGUCCUGUCAGCCCAUGGUUUUGAACCGACACUGCUUUUUCCAGCAACACUUACCUGUAUGAGUCUGCUCACGUCACUAUCAGAGCUACCACUUUGUUACCUAUUUAUUGUAUGCUAUGAAACUAAACCAACAGUCCCAUUAAAAUUCAAGCCUCUUACAAUAUCUCACAAGACCCCUGCGUACCUACAUUUUAUCUCAGCAACCUUUCAUCAUUUGCCACUUCUCUGGCUCACUUGGUUUCCCACUGAAAACAUGUCACUCUCUCAACUGACCUCAGAGCGUUCACCUGUACUAUGCCUUCUCUUAGGACAUUCUUUACCCACACUGCUCCCUUGAACUAUUAUCAAAAAUGGCUGUGGAAAAAUUGAAGAGUGUUGUCCAGCCAUAUCAGAAAUCCAUAACCUAAUGUGAACACAAAGAUAUCAACAAUGAAGUAAACAGAGGUGUAUCCUCCUGGCUUUCCUAUUAGGUUAACAUAAUAAUUAUCCUUACAAAUGUUUCUCUUUAGCUUGCCUCAAUCAACAUUUAGCUCCUCACUAUCUCAUGCCUUGAAAAGUGAAAUAGAUUCUUUUUUUCCUGAUAUUUUAUUUCUUAUCUGUGUGAGUAUAUUGCCUGCAUGUAUGUAAGUGCACCCAUGUC